UGGAAAAUUUUAAUUGUGGACACCUAAACUAAACCAGUAUGAGAUUCUUCAAGUUGUUAACUGGCAUUGUAUCGUUAUCCUCAAUGGCUGCCGCUGCUGCUGCUGCUAGUGAUGAAGAACGCAGAGACUUUUCUGUUAACCCUGUCAAGUUUGAAGUUGAGUAUGUCAUAAAGGAACGUCCAGAUGAUACUGCAAAUGAUGUUGUUGAUUUGUUCAACGAAGAAUCAAUCACUUUGGCUUAUACUGCCACAAACCACGAUGAAAGUCAAAUCGUGAUCUUGGGAAUUGGUGGUGCUUUCCGUGACCCAAAUACCAACGAGAUUCUUACUAAUAUCACCGCUUCUUCUGUUGAUCCUAUUGUCUUCUCUCCAGGACAAUCUCAAAAGUUUAGUCAAGUCAUUAAUUUGAACUUGCUCACAGGAAGCUACAUUUUGACUCCGAACUUUUACGUCAGUAUCGAUGAUGAGUUCAUGAUUAUUGAACCAAGAUCGCAAUUAGCUACUGUUUCUGACCUUCCAAUUUCUUUGUUCAACCCCAAAUUGUUGUUCUUGGAAUUGGUUUUGUUGGCCUCUUUUGCUGGUCUUGGUUACUUAGGCUACGAAUUGUUUGGAAAGUCCUACUUCAAAAAGGUUUCUUCGGUUACCAAGAGCACAGAAAAGGCUUCUUAUCCUUCUGCUGCUGCUAGUACUGGAAAAGCUUACGACUCCUCAUGGCUUCCAGAAGGUCACGUGAAGAAGACCAAGAAGAAAAACUAAGUCAGCUCCAACAACUGAUUUAUAUGGACAUUUCUCGUGGACAGGUUCCUAUAGUUCUUUGUUCUCAUUUGCCAUCAAUAUAAAAGGACAUUUCAUAGCGUCCAUUAUCGUAUCUAUUC